CUGAAUCACAUGGAACGGUAAUAAAAGCCGUCCUCUGUGCGAUGUUGCUUGCUCAGGGGGUUUUGACAAUGAGGUGUUGGACAGUUUUUUUGGGAUCAGUCAGGUAUAAAUACAAGGAUUUAACAGUGGAAGAGUGUGCGUCCAUCACCAGUUGGUAACAUCUCCAACAAAGCCUUCAAACCGCCCACUGGAACCAUGGGGAAGGUAAGAACGGGUUUGUUUCUAAAAAUAUCUGCGAUCCUUGUUGCUUUAGGAAAAAGAUGAGUCAUGUCUCAUGGGUCUUUUUUUUUUUUUUCUUCAGAUCAUCUUCUACGAGGACAGGAACUUCGGAGGCCGCUCCUAUGAGUGCAGCAGCGACUGCUCCGACAUGUCACCCUACCUGAACCGCUGCUACUCAUGCAGGGUCGAGAGUGGCUGCUGGAUGGUCUACGAUCAGAACAACUACAUGGGGAACCAGUAUUUCCUCAGGAGGGGCGAGUACGCCGACUACAUGAACAUGUGGGGAUGGGGCACGAACAACUGGAUCAGAUCUUGCCGCAUGGUCCCCAUGGUACGUUUAAGUUUAGGUCACAAAGUAUUCCCUCGUAGAGGUUCAUGAAAAUCGACUUAGUUUAUAUACAUCACGUGUAAUUGGACGUGAUUGUCCCAUCAUCGUGUGAAGUAAGAGAUGUUUUAGGAAAAUAAUCAGUGACGAUGUGGUGUGUCCUCGAAACAGUACCGCGGCGCCUACAGGAUGAGGAUGUACGAGAGGGAGAACUUCAUGGGCCAGAUGAUGGACGUGACUGACGACUGCGACUCCAUCAUGGAUCGCUACCACUGGUCCAGCGGCUGCAUGUCGUGCCACGUGAUGGACGGCCACUGGCUCAUGUACGAGUAUCCUCACUACAAGGGAAGGAUGUGGUACUUCAGGCCCGGCGAGUACCGGAGCUUCAGGGACAUGAUGGGAAGCAGCGGCAUGAGGUUCAUGAGCAUGAGGCGCAUCAUGGAUUCCUGGUAUUAAAAGAAAAUGUGAAAAUGAGCUACUAUUAAAUAAAGAUUUAGGAGGAAAAAAAAAAUACCGAGUUGGGUUUUUUUCUUUCAGAGGCUGGGUAAAUAUAGAAAAAAAACACACAUCAAUUUAUUUCACAGUAUUGCUUUAAUUGGCCAUUUAACAGGAAAUAAAUUAAAGUGAAACAAGAGCUAAAAAAAAAAAAAAGGCAUUCAAACAUAUCAGAUUAAAUCUUGACCACACUUCCCACGCUUACACCAAUACUGAAGCCAUUUUCUUACACUGAGAUUACAACAAACCAUGCUCAGGCGCUAAAAAAUAAUGAAAACAUAAUGUUAUGACUCGCUUAAGCUCAAUUAUGCAGCAAUUUGCGCCAUAAUGCCCAUA